AUGUCUAUUAAGUUAAAUUCAGGAUAUGAUAUGCCAUUAGUUGGCUUCGGUUGUUGGAAAGUUGACAAUGAUACUUGUGCAGCCACUAUUUACAAUGCCAUUAAAGUUGGGUACAGAUUAUUUGAUGCUGCUCAGGAUUACGGUAAUUGUAAGGAAAUUGGGGAAGGUAUUAACAAGGCACUUGACGAAGGUUUAGUUGCUAGAGACGAAUUGUUCAUCACCUCCAAGCUUUGGAACAGUUAUCACGAUCCUAAGAACGUCGAAUUGGCUUUGAAAAAAGUAUUGAGUGACAUGAAGUUGGACUAUCUUGAUUUAUUCUUGAUCCAUUUCCCAAUUGCAUUCAAGUUCGUCCCAAUCGAAGAAAGAUAUCCACCUGGAUUCUACUGUGGUGAUGGUGACAAAUUCCACUACGAGAAUGUGCCAUUGGCAGAUACAUGGAAAGCCAUGGAAAAAUUGACCAAGUCUGGUAAGGUCAAAUCCAUUGGUAUUUCUAAUUUCUCAGGUGCAUUAAUAUAUGACUUGUUAAGAAGUGCUGAAAUCAAGCCAGCCGUCUUACAAAUUGAACACCAUCCAUACUUACAACAACCAAGAUUAGUCGAGUACGUCCAAUCCCAAAACAUUGCCAUUACCGGAUACUCGUCAUUUGGUCCUCAAUCUUUCUUGGAAUUGAAGCAUUCUAAGGCAUUGGACACUCCAACUUUGUUUGAACACAAAACCAUCAAGUCCAUCGCCAACAAGAAUAAGAAAACUCCAGCACAAGUCUUAUUAAGAUGGGCUUCUCAAAGAAACAUUGCUGUUAUUCCAAAAUCUAACAACCCAGAUAGAUUAUUACAAAACUUGGAAGUAAACGAUUUCGAUUUGAGUAAAGAAGACUUUGAAGAAAUCUCUAAGUUAGAUCAAGAAUUAAGAUUUAACAACCCAUGGGAUUGGGACAAGAUUCCAAUCUUUGCUUAA